AGUGUUAGAGAAUCACCCAGUAAGAAAGAAAGAAGAUGGGUCUGGAAAAGUGGCUGGCUUUGCUGUACCCGAGAGUGCAGGGAGGAGGAGGAAGAAGAGAGGAAGAAUGUUGCAGUGUGUGUCUGAUGAGAAUGGACGAAGAGGAUGUCAUCAAGUCCCUGCCUUGUUUACAUGAGUUCCACAGUCUCUGCGUCGACACGUGGUUCCAUGUCAGCCGUAAAAUCUGCUGUCCACUCUGCCGCUUCUCACCCGCUACCAUCCUCCUCACCGAUGAACUUUUCCUCUGGUUCUCUUCUUUCCAUUUCUGAUUCCUUCUGUCUGAAUUCCUCUCUUUUUUUUCUUCAGGGGAUCAAACAUCUUUCUCCUUGUAAUGCUAUAUAAACUCUCUUGUAGUACUAGUUUUUCUUUCAAGGGUUCUGAGAAGUUUGAUUCCUCUGUAAAAAGAUACCAAACAAAAGCUUGGAACAUAUUGUUCUCUUCC